CAGAUACACCUCCUCACUUCAGCGGCACUGGAUCUCCUCCCCGAUGCAUCACCAAUAUUGUGAGAUAUGUGGAAAGCACUUCGACCGUGCGGAGAAGCUUGAGGAACACAGGGAGGAGGCUCAUUAUCCCUGCAAACCUUGCCGCUGGGUCUUCGACUCCGCGCUUUCACUACAUGAGCACAACUGCCAGCGGCACUACUAUUGCCCCGACUGCCGCCUUCUCUUCCAGAGCGAGAGCAACCUCCGCAGCCACCGCCACUCCCGCACUCACAUCAUCGCGAGUAUCCUCUGCCCGGGCAAAGGGUGUGCCAAGGAAUUCAUCAACAGCGCCGCGCUCGUCUUCCACUGGGAGUCGGGCACCUGCCCCUCACGCAUCACACGCCAGCAUCUCAACCGCGUCAUCACCGAGUUCGACAAGAACCACGUCAUCACCAACCCCGCCAGGAUGAUCGCUGGCGGAUCGGACAGCCAAACGACGAUGUGGGCGACCUCGCGCGCGUGGAACGGGCACGCGUUCGAGUGCUUCCUGUGCCACCGCGAGCAUCGCACGCCCGAGUCGCUCAACCAGCACUUCGCGAGCCCCGCGCACGCGCAGAAGCAAUUCGUCUGCCCGCGCGCGUACUCGGGGUGCGGCGCGGAGUUCAAGACGCUGAGCGCACUGUGCCAGCACGUCGAGAGCGAGCGGUGCGGUGUCCGGCGGUUUAAGAAGCAAGUUCAGGAUUUCAUCGGGGACCUGACGAGCGGAAUGAAGCGAUUGGGGAUAUGAGGAUGUCCUGGAGACGCGUCCAGGGCGUCCUGGAGAAUAUGCAUCCCUUCGUGUUCCUAUGGGAUACCACUGCCCAUCCCCUCGCUCACGCCCUCUGCCGUUGGUCAAUCGUGGGUGUGCUUAUAGUACUAAUCGAAUCAAUGUCUGUGAUAUACGUUACUGUACUUAUAUGGCCGGGCAGGGUGCUCCAUUCGUUCCCUCUAACUCGCACGUUUCUUCAUACAAGCUGGUCGCGAUGCUUACAAUAUACCACACAGUCCAUCCGAAUUUCCGUAAUUCGUCCAAUAACCAGUUGACGGUACGCACAGCGUGUUGCCUUGAUACAACUGUGUUUCUUAUCCAAACGCAAUAAUCAAUUCCUCAU